AUGAAGCUUCUCGCAUGCGGAUCCAAUGGCCAUUACCAAUUGGGUAAUGGCACAAACAUCGACACCAACCAGCUCACGCCUGCUCUGUUCACAGUUGAUGGCCACUUAGUAGACCUCCCCAGCUCGGUAGCCAAGAUCGCUACUGGCGGCAACCAUACAUUUGUUCUACUCAAUUCAGGUCUGCUCUACACCUGCGGAGACAACUCCUACGGACAGUGUGGUCUACCCCCGGCAGACCACAUCGCCGUGUUCACUCCAGUCCCGGGCCAGUGGCGCGACGUGAGCUGUGGUUGGGAGUAUCUGAUACUUGUGGAUGCUACUGAUAACGUAUUUGUUUGUGGACUUGGCUUAAAAGGCGAGCUAGGACUUGGAGAGUCCACCACAUCUACGGUUCUCACGCGGUUGGACGCCAUGUGCGGCAGGGGCAUUUCAGUGGUUUCGUCAAUGAGCUUGACGCUCUGCCGGGCAUCUGACGGGAAGUUCUACGGAUGGGGAGAUGGAAAAAAGGGCCAGUUGGGUGCUAAAAAGGUGCGGUGGGUGCCUGAAGUGGUGGUAUUUCCCGUGCAAGAAGAGAUCCUUCACUUCGGACUCACAAAAACCGAUGCAGUGCUACAGCUCCGUCUUCGACUUGUGCUGUUUGGCAGACAGGCCAUUGAUAUUCCUCAAAAGGUCCAUUUUUUCCGUACCAUGUGGACGUGUAUCCACUACGAAGUCGAAGCAGAACCGUGUUCGGUUGUGUCCGUCGGCAACAACAGCCACGGCCAGCAUUUUCCCAAUUCUUGGAGCCAAUGUGGUGGAGUGUUCGAAACUGGCAGCGAGCACGGACUCUUCUACGCCAACAACACCGUCUACGCCUGGGGCUGGGGAGAACACGGUAACUGCGGCCACAGCCAGGUACAAGGCCAUGACCAGAUUGUGUUUGCUGACGCCAAUGCCAUUUUCAAAGGAAAACCGGCAUAUAUGGCAGGUGGAUGUGCCACCAGCUGGAUCGCUACGGAUUAGAGAACAAAUGUCACGAAGUAUCUUUCCCAUAUUCAUCUUUUGACAUCAUAAGGCAUCACAAAGAUGGAAAAUAUGUUCAACGUGGUUACUUUAGGACAACGGUAUCAACAAUCAAUCACAAAUCCUGACCAUUUUCUUUUCAUCGUCCAUAUA